CCCAUGUAACCCUACCGGUUCGUUGGGUCGUGGGUGAACCGAGUCCACGGAAGGUGGGUGUUACAAUUUGGUAUCAGAGAGGUUCGGUUUUUGUAAAAAAAACAUAUUUUGUCAUCUUGGUCAAAAGGUAUUUUCAAGAAAAUCCACAGCGGCAUCUCCCAUCACAUCACUCCUAGGGAAAGGUACACCGUUAUUUUAUUCACAUGUAUGUCAUAUUGUAAUUAGUUCUGAUUUAAGCUAUUCCUAUAGAGAAUGAGUCAAGCAGCAGGCAACAGCGGACAGGCUGUCCUAGAGGGGGAGCCUGAGCACGAUCAGCGCGGCGACCUCGCAAUUGCCUUACUCCAGGAUUCCGCCUAUGACUGGUGGAAACGCGUGGGAGAAGACGUCCCGGAGCCCGAGCAGUGGGCCACAUUUGAUCGACUUUUCCAUGAAGAGUAUAUUCCGGAGCACAUCGUCGAGGCAAAGCGAGAGGAGUUCCUGAAGUUCACUCAGGGCGAACUCACACUACCUCAUGAUCGUCAGAAGUUUGACGAGCUCGCGGGGUUUGGGCAAGACCUCGUUCCGACCAUGGAGAAGCGGUGCAAGCGCUUCGUGGAGGGUCUACGCCCCGACUUGUCAGCUCAUUUGAUCACUGCCCCUCGGGGUGACAUCAACGCAUUGUUCAAGCGUGCGUUGGACAUGAAUGCGGCUCUCAUCAAGAAGGCUGAGUAUGAGCAGUCGCAGGGGGCGUCGGCAGCACCAUCUCGUCCAUCUCCACCCCAGAAGGCAGGGACCAGUAGUAAGAGGUCCUUUGCAGCGCCUAGCAGCUCCCACCGGAGCAAGAAGGCUAAGGCAGCACCGGCACAGUCGUCAACGUCCGUCCAGAAGAAGGGCAAAAGCGGAGAUGGGUUUCAUAACCCGAUAUGCGACCAUUGUGGCCACAGGAACCCAGGAGAAUGCUGGUUCACUCAAGGCAUGUGCCUUGGGUGUGGCCAUGCCGGGCAUUUUUGCAGGGAUUGUUCAAAGAAUCCGGGUGAGGCGUUUUCAUCCGCACCAGCUGCCUCAGCUCCAGCAGCGCAGCCCGCUCAGAGCCAGAAGUCGGCAGCAGCAUCGAGUCAGCCCAAGCGGCAAGCAUCUGGUACCCAGGCGGGGAAGGCCCCGGCCCGUACAUACGCGAUGCGGGGGCGUACUGAGCAGCUAUCCCAUGACGUCAUCUUGGGUAUGUUUACCUUAUUCGAUACAUCUAUCAUGGCAUUAAUUGAUCUGGGUUCCACUUUAUCAUAUGUGUGUAUGUCUAUGCCUGUUAUGCCUAACAUUUCAAGGGAAGACUUGGAUAAUCCGGUUAUCGUGUCCAACCCGUUGGGACAAAGUUUACGACUCACCCAUGUGUAUCACGACUGUCCAUUAGUGGUCCGGGGGAAGAAUUUCCCUGCAAGUCUCAUUGAGCUUCCACAUCGUGAGUUUGACGUUAUUCUAGGCAUGGAUUGGCUCACUGCCAACCAAGCCGUUGUUGACUAUGGAGAGCACACUGUUCGGCUGAGAGCCGAAGAUGGUAGCGACGUUCUGAUCCGUGGUGAGCUUCUCCCGAAAGCUCCAAUAUUUAUUUCCUACAUUCAUGCUCGCCGACUCAUUCGCAAGAAGUGCGAGGCAUUCUUAUGCACAGUUCAUGACACUCGUCAGGAGGCACCUAGUAGGGGAGACAUCCCUAUGCCUACAAUACGACAGCAGAUAGCAUCAGCCCAGAGCAGCGACGAUUUUUUUAUCCAGACUAUUGAGCUCGUCUCUAGAGGCGAGAAGCCGGAUUUCACAGUUCAGGAUGAUAUAUUGUACUAUCGGGAGCGUAUGAAAGUUCGCCUACGCGAUGAGGUGUACAAUGUCAUGAUCUCCAAUGCUAACCGCAGAUAUGGCUCCCUUGUACCAAAUCCUAGCCGCGAAGUGCAUACUGAUUUUGGAUCCAAAGGUUCUUCAUUUGAUGCGUGAUAGGAUUGAUGAGGAGCUCAAAAAGCUUCAUGAAAAGAUUGCUAAUGCUGAAGAAAAUUUAGGAGAAAGUGAAGUCAGAGAGGCUCACCUGGCAAAAUGUCUGUUUUAUAUUCGUAUAGGUGACAAGCCUAUUUGUGUUGGGAAUUAAAACACACAACACACACAAAUAAUCUGCGAGAAAUGAGAGAAACGGAACACGGACGACACACAAGAAUUUAACGUGGUUCGGUUUCUCUAAUUUCUCGCAGAUUAUUUGGGUGUGUUGUGUGUUUUAAUUCCCAACAAGUGGUAUCGGAGCCAAGUUGUUCAACACGAGAACACGAAUAGCGAGAGGCUGUCACCUAAGGUUUGCAGAUCUGGAUCGUUGAAUUGUGCGCCUGAGAAAGAGGAGUUGCUGCGGAGGAGAGUAGCCCCGCCUGUUUGAGAAGGGGGAGAGAGCUGCGCAGGGGUUCGCCAUCGUCUGCGAGCCGCCGCAGCAUCCCUUCGUUGCGCCGCCGUAGACCUCCUAGGGUUAGAGCCGCCGUCGCAGCCGUCCGGAUACGAGAUUGAACUCGCCGCCGCGAAGCCGUGCCGUUUCAGAUCGUGCUGCUACCAUCAGAUCAGAUCGCCGCCGCUGGAAAACUGAACGCGGCAGGAGCGAGAUAGAUCUGCCGCCGUCGUCCAGUCGAGAGCCUCCAUCGUCCAGCGCGCAGAGUUCACCACC